GAUAAAAACUUCCGAGCGCCUCCCCAGCAGCCCUGACUGAGGCGCCACCGGCCGGCCAGCGGGAGCCUCUCGCAGACGCAGCAGCAGCAGCAGCAGCAGCGCAGACGAAGGAGGCUGUUGGUGGGCGGGGAGGGGGGCCGCCUCUCGGGGGAGGAGAGCGACGACGACCAGGCGGCGGCGGCGGCGGCGGCGGCUUCGCCUUGUUCUGCUCGCCCCACGGUCGGAUCUGGCUGCUGGUGCCUUUCGGGUCAUCACCCCGGGCCGCCGCCUGGCCUGGCCUGGCCGAGGGGACGGACGUCGCCAGCAGGAGCAGCAGGAGCAGUGGCAGCGAGGCCGCCUCGGUCCUUCUCCUCUCGCGGGAGGACUCAUUGCCUGGGCCGGCGAGGGGGACCGCGGCGGGCGGCGGCGGCUUCCCGGAGGAGAGUGAGGGGGUCCCGCCCCACCGCCAGCGUUCCGGCCAGAGGCUUCCGGCGAGUUCGGUAAGCGAAUGGACCACCAACCCACCCCCAGGAGCUGCAGCCGGGGGCCCCCAGCCUGCGACGCCGUCCAGAGCGAGCCUUCCAUGAAUGUGCACAUCCACACGACCACUGGGGCCCGGUAUGAGCUCGCUGUCCCCCUGGAAGAGACGGUGGAAGGUCUGAAGAGGAGGCUCUCGCAGAGACUCAAGGUCCCUAAAGAGCGCUGGGCCCUGCUGCACAAAGAGAGUCGGCUUAGUUCGGGCAAACUGCAAGAUCUGGGAGUCGGAGAAGGUAGCAAGCUGACUCUGGUACCUACAGUAGAAGCCGGCUUGAUGUCGCAGGCAUCUAGACCCGAACAGUCCGUGAUGCAAGCCUUGGAAAGCUUAACAGAAACUCAGGUAAACGACUUCCUGUCGGGAAGGUCUCCUCUGACCCUCGCUCUGCGCGUCGGGGACCACAUGAUGUUCGUCCAGCUCCAACUGGCGGCCCAGCAGAGCGGCGCCCAGCUCCAGCACCGCCACGUCGUCGCCAGCCGUGGCGAGCCUGCCGGAGGAGGGGUGCCACCAACCACGCCGCCGACGCCCGUCGCCAGCCCAGCCGCCCCCAGCUGCCGGACGCUCCAUGGCGGCGGCGGCAGCAGCAGCACCCCCGGCUUCUCCCGCGUCCCCCCGGUGCCCGCCUGCCCGCCCAGCCCCAGUCCGGCUGCCUCCCCGUCGCCGGCUCAGGCCACGCCCAUGUACUGCAGCGCGGCCCACCCCGCCCCCGUGACGGCGGGCAUGUUCCGGUCGCACGGUGCCAGCACGCAAGCCGUGAGCGGCGGUGGCAACGGCAGCGUCGUCUCGUCGUGUUCAGAGGUGGACUGCACCACACGGAGUAACAGUUCGCCCAGUGCCGCUCCUGCCCAGACUUCCCGUUCCCGCAAACCCGGUGCUGUGAUCGAAAGCUUCGUUAACCACGCCCCUGGGGUCUUCUCCGGCACGUUCUCUGGCACUUUGCACCCGAAUUGCCAAGACAGCAGUGGGCGGCCGCGGCGGGACAUUGGCACCAUCCUCCAGAUCCUCAACGACCUCCUGAGCGCCACCCGGCACUACCAGGGCAUGCCGCAGUCCCUGACGCAGCUCCGGUGCCAGACGCAGUGCUCGUUGUCGCCUUCACCUCCGCCCUCCCCGGAUCUCGCCAACAACACUACCUCAGACAAACUGGCGGCCGCUGCUAACCAGCCCCUGCACUCCGGGGCCCAGUGCCCAAGCCAAGUGGCAGCCUGCAGGCCUUCCGGUGACCGUUUGCGGCAGACAGAGAACCGCGCUACCCGUUGCAAAGUGGAACGCCUACAGCUCCUGAUGCAGCAGAAACGGUUGCGCCGAAAGGCCCGGCGUGACGCCCGGGCGCCCUAUCACUGGCUGCCGAACCGCAAGUCCAGCCGUACCAACAGCAACAGUAGCGUGUCUAGUGAAGGCAGCCUGGACCUUGACUUCGAAGACUCUGUGUGGAAGCCAGAAGUUAAGGCGGACCUCAAAUCAGAAUUUGUCGUAGCAUAAAAAUCACGAAACCUUGGGUUGAGGGGGCGGGAAUCAAAGCAUCGGGGCAAGGGGGGGUUAAAAAAAAAAAGACCAUUUAGUAAUAAUUAAUAUGUUUUUCUUUGGUCCAUGAGAACAAAGUUUGGGUGCUUUGAUUAUAGACUUUGGUUGCUGUGGAUUUCAUGGAGUGGACCUCCUCUUCUGGAUGUCCCGAGUUGGACGAGCCGUCGUGUCGGAACAGUAUUUUCAAACUCGGUUCUGUCUUUAUUCGAAAAACGGAAACGUUUUUGGGGCAGGACAGGAGAGCAAAAAAGGACGUUCCCUCCCAAGAAGAGAGCCUGAAAGGAAGAUGGCAAACCCUUUUUAGUUCUGUUUUUUUAAUUUUCUUUGCGGUUUAAGGAAGAGGGCCCUUCAUCUGUGUGUGAGAGAGAGAGAGAAGAAAGCAGGCCUGGAGAAAGGAGAUUUGCUGAACUGGGAGGGGCAAGGACUUAACCCCUGACUUCCUGAUUUUUAUUAUUAUUUUUUUUUUUUCAGGGACAGGAGGGGGAAAGGAGGGGACCUUUUGUGGUGUGCUGAAAGCUGCUUGCUUCUCUGUGAAAUUGGCAAGGAUGUACAUUUUUUUCUUUUUUAAAGAAAGAAAAAAGGAGACAGUUUAUCGCAAGAAGCUUCCUCAAUUCCCCCCCCCCCCGUGACUUCUGUCCAACGGGAAGUGCUGUGCAUUCUUCAAGCUGUGGGAGGGCCCGAAUUGGGGGUGGGUGGGUGGACCGACGGAUCCGAGGGCGUGUGUGCGUGCGUGCGUGUCUCUUCUCCCCCUUGAUAUGUAGCAUUUCUGAGCUCACUUUUUGAUCUGUCCAAUCAAAGCCUCUCCCCCCCCUCCACACACACACACACACACACACUCUCUCUGCCCCAUGGGUUUCCAUCACAAAGACUUGCAUGCACUUUAGAGGUGUGAAUUGUGAAGGGCUAACAGAGCCCACCAAACGCUUUGGAUUUCCCAGGAUAUUUUGUGACCACAAGGCCAGGGAGAGAAAUACUGUUUUUCCUUGUCUUUGGAAGAAGAGGGUUGCUCUUCCCGCCCGCCCCGUGACCUUUUCUUCCCCUUUGCAUUGUAGAUCUUCAGUGCAAAAUAAUUGACUUUUAAAUAUGAAUAGUUAAUUGUGUGCAUCGAAAUUCGGACACGUUACUGGGCAUUCUUUAAGUGUGUUUGUUUCUGGAAAAGUGUGUGAGGGUGCUAGUUCUCUGGAGCAGGGUUACAGAUAUGUUGAUUUUUUUUCCAACGUGCCCCUGCUUUGGGCAACCAAAGUGGUUCCUAGCCAGAAUUGGGUUAUGUCUUCAUAACUUCCUUGCUAGUUAUGGCACCAUCACUACCAGAUUCCUUCUGACCCUCCAAACAUACCAACCCCUUAAUAGUCCACAUUGCUCAUCUCCUCCACCAAAAAUAUAUCAUGCACACCACUGACCACCCACAGAUCUAGCCAUAAUUUCCCCCAGGCUGUGCACACAUGCAGGAAUUACAACAUUAACCCUCUGUUGUAGAGACCAAUGUUUCUGUUCUUUCCCCCACCCCCACCCCAGGGUAAAUGCAAAAUCAAAGUGACACACAAGCAGUAUCUGAUACCACAUAUAUAGAUAACUUGGGGUUGUUGGGUUUUUUUUUUUUUUUAAAUAAUUACUAUUUAUAGACUUAAAAGAUUAUCUGAGCCAGUAACUUUUUGUAGGCAGUAGAAAGUUCAUUCUGGUCGUCUUUUUCUGUGCUGAACGAAAAACCACAGUGUGUGUGUGUGUGUGUGUGUGUGUGUGUGUGUGUGUGUGUGUGUACUGGGGAAGACAACUUAAUGGGAGGCGGAAUGCUUAGAGGGUAAUUAGGGCUUGCUUUUUGCUGUUCUGCCCCUACUAAAUCCCCUUCUUCCAGCAAAUGUGGGUGAGAAGUUAACUUCAGUCCACAAAGUAUCUUUUUCUUUUUUCCCAAAACGGGAAGGGAAAGCCAAUGUAGAACUGGCAAGGCCUGUCUAUAUGACGAUACUGGCGUAAACCAGUUUAGACCCUCAUUGCAAGAACCCUGCAGGGUAUCUUGUCAGCCCUGGGGGCCCGUCAUAGAAGCAGUACCCUUGCCAAAACUGCAUCUCCCAGGUUGCUUGGAGGAGUGAGGCAAGCCCAGCCUGCUUUCCAGCCCAGGCAACAACUGUUGCAUGGAUCCAGGCCCGGCCCGUGAAUUGGCAUUUGUUCCAAAGCAAGAGGCAGCCUGCAGGAUGCAUUCACAGCGAGGGUGGCUGGGUGUGUGUGUGUGUGUGUGUGUGUGUGUGUGUUUAAAAACCCUUCCUCCACACAGUUUGUCAUGAGAGAUGGGGAAUGGUUUGGGGGCAGCUCUGUGCCCCUCGCAGUGGUGCUCUUGUGUUCCUCAUCUCCUGUGAUUCUCUCUUUGAGCCUUAAUUAACGUGCACCGGUUUCAUAACUUGAGUGGUGUGGGGUGUGUGUGUGUGUGUGUGCACAUGCGUGCAUGCGCACCUGACACCCUGCAAAAGCUGGGGGGGGGGUUGCCACUCCCCUCAACGCCCUCUGCUUGCCUUCUGGUCACCCUUUCCCUUUCUGUAACCAUUCCCAUCCUAACGUUCUAGGUCAGCAUCUGUUGGUCCACCUGUAAAUGUAGACAAUUGAGGCUUGAUGCUGGGAAGGUCCAGAGAUGUUUAACACUACUGGUUAUCCUGUGUGCUUCUUGUCUUUCCAAAUGGAAUUGGGUGGGGUGUGUUUUUUUAAUGCUUCUGAAGCAAGUGCCUCGCUCUGGAAUAGUUCGCACGUCAGCUGAUCUGUGUCUUUUAUUUUAUUUUCCCCCCACCCCGUCCCGUGUGUGCUGAAUUCAUCUCUUCCUGCCCAAACCACCAAAUUCCACAAUCCAACAUCUUCCUGCAGUGUCCUCUUAGCCCCUCCCAUAACUUCCUGGAAUCCAGAGCGACCAAUAGGAGAUGCUUCUACUGGGAAAGGAGAAUGCUGGAGGAGUUUUUCCAAUAGAUUUCCUGCUUCAGUUUGACACUCUUAGUCACUCUGGGUGGAGCAAAAAUGGGACUGGUACCAUUAGGUACCGAUUCAAACACAUUUCCCCAUUCAUCCCCAGUUGUCUCCUCCUCUCUCCCCAGCAAUCUGGAUUACAUUGUCUGGGUUUUUGGAAGAUUUAUGUGGAAAGAAGUAUAGGGCUGGAGACAAACCCAGUGUUUGCCCUUAAAAAACAUUCAGUGUACUCGCAUCAAGCUUUGUAGAGAAGGAAGGCUGUUCACACAAUUGCUUCAUGCCAGUUGAGCACCCUUUGUUUUUAAUGCUAACCACACCCUUCUCGCAUGCACACAGGCCGGAAAUAACAAGUGACCUCUUGGGUUAUAACUCUGUAAUCCUGAUGAAAAUGAAACCAAGUUUGAGAGCAUUCCUGCAUCAGAAAUUUGGGGCAACAGGGAGGGAAUACCCUGCUCUUUCCUGUUUUUUUAAAAAAAGGGGUUUUAACCACUUGAUGUGAACAUUUUACACUUUCCACCCACCCACCCCCGGUGGUUCUUUUGUGUGGAAGUGAUCUUGGGAAUGCAUCUGGCUGGGGAAUAGGAAUUAAAUGGCAGCCAGUUGUUCUCUUGAGGAUGGAUCUCUUCCAAACGACGGACGAGACCCCCCACACACACAAAGGAAGAACAGAGUGUCUUCCGAUGUGUCCAAAGUUUUUUAAAACUCCAAAGGUCCAUCAGAUGACCUGGGUGACUGUCACAUCUUCCUUUGGAAACAAAUAAUGCCAAUUGUGUAGCUCCACUCUUCCCUACCCCAUCUCCCAACCUUCUGUCUUUCAUGUAUUUCAAAUGUCGCACAACCCACUGCCCCAAAGUUGCUGCCAAAAUCCACUGUCCCAUCCCAAUCUCCAUGGACCCCCUUGGCAGUAACUCCUUGCCAACUGGAGGGGAGACAGCCUCUACUGCUCCCCCUCUGGUUAACUGGUGUCGUUACACUUCCUGUUUUCCCUAGAUGUGAAAUACCUUCUGUAUGUAAUGCUGUAGCGGGAAAGUUGUUUUUUUGGUUGUUGUUGUUGUUGGAUUUAUAUAUUUAAAUGUACUGCUUUUUUUAAAAAACGGUGUAUGUGUGUGUCCAUACGUACUCCCCUUUCUGCCCCCUCUCUCAUCUUCAUUUCUUUGAGGGGGAGUGGCUUCUGUAUUUUUUUUUAAAGGAAAAAAGUUGCUAUAGCAGCCAAAAGAGUGAGAGCAUAAAAAGAGAGCAUUAAAAUGAAAUUCUCCUGUAUGUGUGUGUUGGAAGAGUGUGGGGGGGGAAGGGGGAAUGCGUAGACUUGUUUUAUCACCUCAUUUAAGUUACUUGUAUUAAAAAAAACUUUUAAAAAAUGAUUGAAAAAGAAUAAACACAAAAUAAAGAUUGCUUGAGCCACAGUG